AUGGUCACGGAGGGCAAUGCUGUGUGGAGUAGAUGGAGGCCUUUGGGGAUGGGGUUCGCAUUGGCUGCUCUUAGUUACGUAUCGCAGCAUCUAUUCCGGAAUAUCGCGGCUCAGCUGCAGAACACUCCGCGACAGCGGAAGGAAGGUGGGCCGGGGGAAAUGAAGAAAUUGGAGAAGUUCGUGAGGAAAGGAUUCGAGGUGACUGAGCAUAACUUCACGAGUAGCUUCGGCAAGAAACGGAAAGACACCAGCACUGCAUGUGUUGUGGUGUUCUAUGGACCUAACCUCGAGGGGGAGCUGAGCUUGAUGACGGCGCACCUGGGGGACACUCGGGCGGUUCUGUGUCGUGGUGGGAAGGCAGUACAGCUGACGCAAGAUCAUAAACCGGAUAAUGAUGAGGAGCGAAAGCGAAUUGAAGCACUACCAAAAG